AAAAUGCUGGAUGAAGGCGUUGUGUCCCACGCUUCUGGAGAUGCCAUGCGCAGCUUCGUCUACGGAUUCUAUUUCUACAGGAUUGUUGGAGAGAAGGAUGGCUCCGUCUCCCAGCCGCCCCCCAACCCCGCUGGAGGCUGGUCGGCUGCCGCCCUGGAAGACUUUGCCCUGUUCCAGAGGAAGUGGUUCGAGGUGGCCUUCGUGCUGGAGGAGUGGCGGCCCUGUGACCUCCCCCCCUUCUUGCUGCCCUGGCUGCCCAGCCGGCCGGCCUCCUACGCAAGUAGGCACAGCUCCUUCAGCCGCAGCUUUGGAGGACGCAGCCAGGCCGCCGCACUGCUAGGUACACCCAGCCCAACCCCCCCCCCCACACUGCAGAGCAGCCUCAGUCUGCUCCUGCAUCCAAUCUGAGGCAGAUCAGCUCACUUCAGUGAGCUGGGUCCAGUGUUCACGACACACAGCGCAGAGGGGGCACUUGGUCAGGGGGUGUCAUACAAACGUUAAAUAUAAACAGAAAUCCAGAAAGCCUGUUCUGCUGCCGAGUAUUUCUAUGAACAUUAUAUCAGAACAGAUCCACCUCCACAUGCAGCAGGAGGUUAUAGAGCCCCUUCAAGUGAAGCCUCAAGCCUCCAAACACCAUCCAUCCUCAUCGACCUGCUGCUCUCUGCUUUUGGUUAAGUAGUCAAAAAGCCAAACUACAGUUAUUAAGUGGCAAUAUACAAUCAGAAUAGGAACACCUUUAUUCGUCCCACAGAGGAAAUAUACACUGUUACAGCAAAAGUGAAGAGGAAAAGCUUUAAACAAAGUACCCAUCCAGGGGGAUAACAAUAUUUGUAAAUUUGAAAUGAAAAUAAGUGUAGCUAUGAUGAGCAGUUAAUUUACAUAUCCACCACUCUCCAUUUCAAAUGUAUUUUUACAUGUACACAACAACUAGUUAUGUCUGGUUAGAUUGGAUUAGAAAUAUUGUAUUGAUUCCAAAAUGUCCCAAAUUGGAAAUGCUGUUUUGAGUCCUGUUUGCUGCCCUUGCUGUUAUACCUUUAUUUCCCUCGAGUCCUAAACAAGAAAUAUGCUGCCUUAGUCCAUCAAAGUUAUCUCAAAUUACAAAUGUUAAAGUUCAAAGACAAUAAUGGAGGAAAGAAAAAUAAUAGAGUGGGUUUUUCUAUUUAAAUCCUCUCAAUAAACACAUAUAAAUUCUUAGUAUAAAAACGAUUUUAUAAACCAAAAAUACUGAGCAGCACAUUUACGGAACCACCCCUCUCCAUUCCGUGUUUACGAAAAAUUCAUAAUUUUCCAAAAACGCAGUGGGAUUCCUCCCAUGGCCACAGAACUGCUUCCAUGUAACGUAUCCUGACAUCAUCAUCAUCUUCAUGUGUGUGUGUGGACACUGGACUCCUCUCUCAGACAGUGAUGUAGAUCUGCUGGUUUGUUCUCACUAGUGCAUGACGAGUGUCUGUAGCUGUAGUUUGAUCCGUCAUGAAGUGGCUACAUCACAAUGAUUCCACCACCCAAUCAGAGCAUGCUGUGGUGUUAGUGGCUGUGGUUCAGUAGUGCUGUGGUGUGUGAGUCCUCACCUGUCGCUCUGCAGCAGAAAGCUCUGUCACAGUAACACGGCACGCUGUGACAGAGCUCCAGCUUCUGCUCCAUUCUUCUCUCCCUUUCAGAGCUUUAUUUUCAUUCUGCACGCAGCAUAUUUACAUCUUUAAAGCGUCAACUCUGCAAGAUAAAUGCUUUCUCAGUUUGUUAUCUUACACCUUGGACUGGUUUCCUGGAAUAGUCCUAAUAAGAUGCUGACAUCAUUCAUUUGAGCAGGGCUGUCAAACUCAUUUUAGUCCAGGGGCCAGAUAGAUCGACCGACAGACAGACAGACACACAGACAGACACACAGACACACAGACAGACACACAGACAGACAGACACAC